AUGAUCAUCAAAUCUAAGAUUUUAAUAUGCUAAUCAAAAUAGUACAUGGUUUAAGGUUUAAAAUUUGCAAUUAUUUCCUUAUUAUCAACUAGUAAGAGGGAUGACAAUGCAAAUAGCCUAUAAAGUAUGAAUAGUACUGGAUGGAUUUGA